AUGGCGGCCUCCGAGAGCAGUCCCCAGGGGUGGAGAGUGCCUUCUCUCCAGAGAGGCCCGAGCGUUUCACGCAGUGCAGCGCAGGCGUUCCUGUCGCGCUCAGAACCUGAGCGCCAGUCUCGAUGGCCUACUUUUCCCAUGGGACAGAGGACCAAAGGGACUUGCAGUACAGCCUCCUCCUACCUGCUGCACCAACUCAUCCACCGCCCUGACGAUUCAGACGCAGACGUGUACGCAGACUUGGUGGAACCAGAGCCUGCGGAAGCGGAUUCCGAGGAGUCCUCAGAAUCCGAAAUGCUGAACUUGGAGGAGGAAUUUGAUGGGGUCCUGAGAGAGGGGAUGGUGGCUGAGGCACUCCAUGAAUUGGGGCGCUCAGGCCCUGGGACGGAGCAGGUCUACCUCAACCUAAAUUUAUCAUGCUGUGAUUUAACGGACAUCAGCAUUCUGUGUGACUACAUUCACCUGCAGAAGUUGAAUCUUUCAGCAAACAAAAUUGAAGAUUUGUCUUGUGUGAGUUGCAUGCCUUAUCUUCUAGAACUUAACGCUUCUCAGAAUAAACUGACCACGUUCUUCAAUUUCAAGCCACCCAAAAAUCUCAAGAAGGUGGAUUUUUCCUCCAACCAAAUUUCUGAAAUGUGUGACCUGUCGGCAUACCACACUCUCACUCAAUUAAUUUUGGACAACAAUGAGAUCGAAGAAAUUAGUGGCCUCGAGAACUGCCUGAGUCUGACUCACCUGAGUUUGGCCAACAACAAGAUCAGAACAAUUGAUGGUUUAAGCACAUUACCGAUCAAAACACUUUGUUUGAGCAAUAAUCAGAUCGAGAAAAUCACAGGUUUGGAGGAACUGAAAGCCUUGCAGAACCUGGACCUGUCCCACAAUCAGAUAAGUAGCCUCCAGGGCUUGGAGAAUCAUGACCUCCUGGAAGUGAUCAACUUAGAGGAUAACAAGAUUGCUGAGCUGAAUGAAAUAGAAUACAUUGAAAAUCUUCCUAUCCUUCGAAUUCUCAAUCUUCUAAGAAAUCCAAUUCAGGAAAAAUCCGAAUACUGGUUCUUUGUAAUAUUUAUGCUACUGCGACUGACGGAAUUAGAUCAGAAGAAGAUUAAAGUGGAGGAAAAGGUUUCAGCAGUGAAUAGGUAUGACCCUCCCCCUGAAGUGGUAGCUGUCCGAGAUCACCUGACCCAUGUUGUCAACAGCAUGAUGCAGCCACAGAGGAUCUUUGACAGCACUCUGCCCAGUCUGGAUGCCCCUUAUCCUAUGCUGGUCCUAGCUGGUCCUCAAGCUUGUGGAAAACGAGAACUUGCCCACCGCCUCUGCAGACAGUUUAAUACUUACUUCAGAUAUGGGGCCUGCCACACCACCAGACCACCUUACUUUGGAGAAGGGGAUCGAGUUGAUUAUCAUUUUAUCUCUCAGGAAGUUUUUGAUGAAAUGCUGAGCAUGGGAAAAUUCAUCCUAACAUUUAAUUAUGGUAAUCACAAUUAUGGAUUAAAUAGGGACACUGUGGAAGGUAUUGCAAGAGAUGGGUUAGCAAGCUGCAUUCAUAUGGAAAUAGAAGGUGUAAGAAGUUUGAAAUAUUCCUAUUUUGAGCCUCGCUAUAUCUUGGUGGUGCCUAUGGACAAGGAAAAGUAUGAAGGUUACUUGAGGAGAAAGGGAUUAUUCAGUCGUGCAGAAAUCGAAUUUGCUGUCUCCAGAGUGGACCUUUAUGUUGAAAUUAAUCAGAAAUUUCCAGGAUAUUUCGAUGCAGUGAUCAAUGCAGAUGAUCUGGAUGUUGCCUACCAAAAGCUGAGUGAGCUCAUCAGAGAAUACCUGGGAUUGACUGAGGAACCUGCUAAGAGUCUGGCUCCAGUUGCAGAUAUUAGAAUACCUUACCCGAAUUAUGAAAGAUCUCCUAGGAAGUCUACUGCUUCAAAUACGGGUGAUUUCCUGGAUUCAACAAAUAGAAACUACUUUGUUAAAUUAUGGGCCAGAUUUUCAUCCAAAAAGUCACCAGUGGAAAGAGAUUCUGUCCACAGACAGCAUGAGAUAGCCCGGCAAGCACUUAUGGGAAAGACACCCCAGGAUCACACGCUCUUGUUUCAAAGGGGUCCAGUACCAAUACCUAUGAUCAGUGGUCUACAGUAUUUUACAGCAUUAGAAGACCUACAGAAAGGUUUUGAGCUUUGUGAAGAUUAUUUAAAAACUCCCUUUGGACCACAUCCUGAAAUCAGUGCCAAGGAUUCCUAUAUGCCUAUGAGAUAUUCUACAUUAUAUCACCCUUGUCCGUGGGCCAAAGAAUUUCCUUUCCAGCUUCCGGAGGGCGGUGUUUCUUCACGCCCAGGAUCAGGAAUAAGUGAGAGUGAUGUAGAUCAGACCUUAAAAGCACUACCUAUACAAUCACCUUCACUGGAAAAAACCCAACACAGAAGACACUCGCUUACAAUAAGUUGCCCUGGUUCCAACACCAAACCCACCCUUCCUCCAAUCCCACAUGGCCACAGGUAGACCAGCACCUUGACCUCGAAUCUUUACAACCAAACAGAUUGGUGCCUUGACAUCUGAUCUUAAAUAUGACAGAAGAAACUUGUUCUGAUGAAGUCCAGUCCUUUGUCUUACCUUGCCAUGGGCCUCAGCUCUUUCUCACUGAACUAAUUCUGAAGGUUCUGCCCUAGUUCUCUUAAUCAACCUUCUAUUGUGAUUCUCUGAAGAGCAGCUUUUAUUAUUUUUUUCUUAACUUUGAAGAAUGACAUUUGUGAGGUUUCCCCAUAUUACAAAUGAUUUUUUUUCUAGCGGCUUGCUGCUCUAAGCUAUCAGAAAUCAAAAUAUCUCAAUACUUUUCAUUUUAUGUGCAGAGUGAUCUUUAGAUAUGUCUAACUGGGAUUGUGUGGUUUAAGUUUCAGGACUGUUACUAUAUACUGAGGACUAUUAAAUUAUUUUAUUCUAAUUAUGAAAACAUGGUGGAGCUCCAUUUAACUUGUGGCCAACAUGGCAUCAACUGCAUCUCUUAAAGAGAAUUAAUGAAUGUAAU